GCCGGAGGCUAUACCGUCAUCAAUUCCUCCAGAUUUUCGAGCUAAUAAGUUGCAAAUGCAAGGCGAUCGGCUGCUAAUUCUUUGGUGAGUGGUAUGCGCUUAAGCGCACGCCAUUUCUUCAUAUUAACGGCGCAUAGGUACCUCCGAAGGGUACUCUUCGAAACCUUGCCACUCAUAGAUUGCAUAAGCUCCUUAUAAGUCCAAUUUCGAUUACGCUUGCAUAAUUGAACGAGGAAACGCUUACCCCGACGUGAAAAUCUAGGGCGACGACCGCUUCGAGCUAGCGAAUCGAAGUUAUGGCGAGAUUUCCAGGACACCAGGGAUUUCGUGACGGUCGAUCGGUGUACGUUAAAGAGGCUAGCCACGGUAGUCUGCGGGAUACCGCACAUAACUGCCGUUACCAUGGCCGCCCGUUGGACUUGAGUAUACUCACAGCCAGGCCGAUGAUCAGCCAUUACUUGCUGCGCAAAUUCGGUGCGAAGUGCGCGAAUUUUCGCGUUGGCGGGCAUUUUCCUGUGUGUAAGCUGGUCCAAGAUGCAGAAGCGUAUCGUGGAGCAUCCCGAAAAAGCAUUGAGAGCCCAACAGGGCAAGACGGGCAGUUGUGUGACGAAUGGGAGAAGCCCGACAUCUUUGAUGAUAUACGUGAAUGCACUCAGUUCAUCAUCUCCCAUUUGAAGUGGGCCAUUGACCAAGAACCACGCAAGACAGCCCUCGGGGGCUACUUUGAUCCGUCUGCUUUCGGUGAAAGCUUCUCAGAUGAGACACAUAUCGACUAGCUUGAGGCUUAGUCCGAUGGGGAGUUCGACAUCAUU